GCGGUCAAAAAUGUCACCAAAACGUCAUAGUUUAGUAUGUCAGGGUUCCUACAGCUUAAGGCAAGUUAAAUUCAAGAUAUUUUAAGACUUUUUUUUAUUGCCAUUUGAAAUUAAAUUUAAGACCAACUUCACAAUAAACACAAAUGAAAAAAAACACCACAUCAAUUACAUAGGGUUAGGAACAAUUUUACCCAAAUGUUUAUUUUAACAUAAAACAUGAGUUUUUGGUCCAGUGAAAAGGUUUUUUUUUCUUUGACCAGGCAAAAUUCCUUCAGUUGCAAUAUGUUCUUGCUGCAGUAGCUCCAGGAACUUCCAAUUAAUGUUUGGUCCAUCCAUGGAGACGGACAGCGGCUUACGCCUAUCCAGGUCCUUGGCACCUUCCUGAGAAUAAACAAUGUUGAAGCACAUGAAGCAUAUAAAAAUCAUACUGGAUUAAUCCAGUAUAGAGUUAGCAAACUGUUAUACAGCAUAUUGUCUUUGUAACAGAUGGAAGGCUGACACAGAAAAGAUAUCAAUAACACCUUAAAGCGAUAUUCCACUUUUCAAGAAUAAUCCACUCAACAUGUACUCACCUCUAUGCCCAUGUGAGGAUGGGUGAAGAUCUUCAGUUCACAAAGCAAUCCUGGAGUUUCAGCAGAAAACAGCCUUGCAGCUAAUUAGAGUGAAUGAUGACCAUGGAUAAAAUCAACCACCACAGAGAGCAGAGACAUUUUGUGUUUGUUUUUUUACAUUUUAUCUGUCUGUUUUUAGAGCAAAAUGCUAUACUAUGACAUUUUUUGGACGACAUGCUAUACUAUGAUGUUUUUUGGACGACAUUUGUAUUACAACAAUGCGCACAUUUAUCGUCUUUUUCCUAAUUCACAUGCACACAUUUAUCAAGGCCACUUUCUUGUUUGUUUGUUUUUUUUUGCAAACAGCUGUUUAGCAUCUUGUAAUGAAAAUGAAACAGUGAAUCUUAUCAAAUCAAAAAGAGUUGUGCUAUAACAUCAGUUCACUCACGUUUGCUUAAUUUUAAAUCUAUUUUGGUGCUUGGAGAGCCACAGGGUUGUUUUAUGUGAUAACAACUAUAGACUAACAGCUCUUAAUGAUAAUAAUUUCAACAGCAUUUGACAGAUCAGGCAGAUGGCUACCUUGGUAAAGGUCAAUACAUGUGGAGGUACCGUUUCUAAAGGACUGUGCUCGCAUCAUGACAAAUGAUAUGUGUAAAGCUAUUCACUUGAAACCCUUUGUCUUGAGAGGUACGGUUGUGGUUUUAGAUACAUCUCUGGAAAGGUUUUUUAUAACAGCACAGUGGUAUUUUCUACAAACCGGCCACCAGCAGCAGAAAGCAGGAUCAGUGGCAAUACUCAUCUUUUUCUGCUGCACACAACCUUUUAGUUUAGAAUAUGAACAAUCCACAAUGAAAUAGAGACCAUGUAAUAAGUGUUACUUGUCAUGAGUGAAGUGUUUGCUACAUGAUUGCUGCCACUUUUCCAACAUGGUGAGUGUACUGCAUAUACAUCCAGCUUCUCAAUCAACCAAACACUCUACUGCGCAAUUCAACCCAGGGGAAGAAAAGAUAAACUUCAAGAGCAAGUGAUUUUUUUCGAGUACGGCUUGCAUGGUUGUGCUUUAAUUAGUUAGUUUCAACUUCAGCAGAAAAUAUGAGUGGUAUUCGUGUCAGUGUGUUUCCUCAGCUGAUUUCUGUUUCAGUGCUCAGCUUUUGGUUUGCUCACUGUGAUAAUUGUAUAAUAAAUCAAGCAUCAAGCAGCACUUGGCAUGCUGUUUGUGAGGCUUGAUUUAUAUUGUAUUCCACACUGCAAGAAUAACAAACAGGCAAAAGAAAAAACAAUCUGACGACUAGAAAAAAAACUAUAAAAUGUAAGCUGUGUAAAUACAGAAAAUUUACAGAUGUUACAUCGUUAUGUUUUGGGGAGAAACAUUGUCCUUUUGCAGAUUUUUCCCUUUUUUAAAAAAUCAAAUACCUUCAUCAAGCUGACAGAUCAGAUGUUUUGUGGUGAGACUUAUUAUUUUUUAUUCAUUUCUAUUUUUUUUUUUUUUUUAGCAGAUUUGGCUUCAAUCCCCUUCAAUAAAAUGCACUUGACUGGUAAAUAACACUCUUUUUUUGACAGACAAAGUGUGCCCCACUAUUUCAAAGCAGUUUUGUUCAAAUUUAUUCAGAUGAAAAUUCAUUUAUCUUCCAAAUAUUCACAUAUAAUUCUCCAGAGCUCCCAAGGAGGAAGUGAAAAACUUGAGAUAGCUGUUUUAGCAACAUGAAGUGGAGAUCAACACCAGAGUUUACAAAAAUAUCGGUUUCAAUAAAUGUAUAUCUUAAGUGAAUAUCUAGGGGACAAACUGCAAAACUAAAAGCAGCCAUGACACCAAGGUGAGCUCCAGCAGCAACAGUCGCACCAAUGCAAGACUCCCAAGACCUUUAGCUUUAUUACAGUUAUGACAAUAAGCCCACGCACCACCCAGAAUCUCUGCACCACUACUGUAAGACCAGUGGGGAUACUGUAGGGUGCAACAAGCAUGACAGAUGCAAACUUGAGAACAGUGUAUCUUUUAAAAAAAUCUCUGUGCAUAAAGUUGGAUGUAAUGAAAAAAUGUGAUUAAUUUGUACCCAGAAUUACAGAGUUUGAAUGUACAAAUAUAAAGCUAACAAAAAUUCCCUUAAAAUUAAGUGUAAAAAUGCUGAAUUGAUAGUACGGCAAUCAAACUUUAUAUAAAGAGCUGCUUAUUUAUUUACUGAUUGUCACAGUCACUUGACAGAAAUGUGUAUGUAUUGUCAGAAAGCAGAGAAACAGUUUAGAAUUUCACAUAUAUUUUAAAUAUAAAACGAUAUAUUACAUUUAGCAUUAUUGCAUUGUUGCUAAUUUACAGAUGACAUUUGCAGAUUUAAAGACUUUUCUAUGCUUUUUAGAACCACUGUAAAAUUUUUGUUAUUUUCUGUAAAAUUGGGGUUUAUUUUUACAAUGAGAAUUUGCUCAUUCCAACCUUAACAGCCUCAGACUUUCAACAGCUCUUAUGAUUUCCAGGAGAAAACUAAAGAACCCCUUUUGAAUUCUAAUGAGCAACACACUUCAAAAACAUAAUUACCACAGUUUUCUUUUGUGUGUCUGUCAGCAAGACUCCUGCAUUCACUAUAGGAUACUUUUCUAUGCCAUUCCCACUCACGCUUACAUUACUUUCACUGCCUACACAAUCUAAAUGUCACAGGUGUGAAGGUAAUUACCGUCAAGCUGCUGACAUUACUUAUGUUUAUUGUUUUAAUCUUUUACUGAAUUAUGUAGUUCUACACAAAGUGACUACUGCAAAAUGUAAUAUUUGUAGGACAAAUAUGAUGCAAAAAUGUAUGACAUUAAUGUAGCUGGAAUACAAACAUUGAACUGAUACAAAAAAAAUAAAAAAUACUGUGAACACUGUGGUCUAGUACAGAUGUAGUAUGUUUAUAGAUGCAUUCGUAUUUAUCCAAGUAAAUAUUACGUGUAAUCUGCAACAGAAUAUGGAUAUAUUGGUACUAUUUGGAGAGCUGUGAAUGUUUAGGAGGUAAAUGUGUUUGUGCAUUUGAGGUUUCUAAUAUAAUGCUCAUCUGUAUUUGUGUAUAUCUAUCUCAUAAGCCGUUUCACUUGCAUUCAGUCACCACUGGGUAGUCUGAACUCCCUCUCUCCCCUCAGUCACAACUGCGGCACUUUCCCAUUUGGUGCGCAAAAAGGCAGUGAAUGCCUCGAUAUCUCUGCACUAACAUGGCGUGACAUUAAUUCAAAUCUGGGCAGAAACAAAAGGAAACGAUUUCGUUCUCAAAUGGAUACCAGCAGCACCAACAAGUCUGGAAAGACAGCAGAUGAAGAUGGAGAGGUCUACGAGCGUUUUGCGCACAUUCGAGCUGGAGUUCUGGGAUUGAUUUUUGUUUUUGCAGCAUGUGGUAAUCUUUUCUUCUUGGGCACACUUUGGAAAAAGAGAAAAAGAAACACAAGGACUCAGCUGUUCCUCUUCCACUUGUGCUUGGCGGAUCUGGUGGUCGCUUUUUUCCAAGUCUUACCACAGAUUUCCAUCGAAGUUACGCACCGGUUCCAAGGGACAGAUUUCCUGUGCCGGUGCGUAAAAUACCUGCAGGUGGUUGGAAUGUUUGCCUCCGCGUACAUGAUCGUGGCCAUGACCAUAGACCGGUACCACGCAGUUUGCAUGCCGAUGGUUUCCUUCUUGAAGGGCUCUUUUAGGCGAUAUCUUUCCAUUGGAGCAGCGUGGCUGACCUCUCUCGCCUUCAGCUCUCCGCAACUCUUUAUCUUCUCUCUCCAGGAGGUGGAGGAGAACCAGUACGACUGCUGGGCAACAUUUGUAGAGCCGUGGGGGAGCAGGAUCUACAUCAGCUGGAUCACCCUGUCAGUGUUCGCCCUGCCUGCUGUAAUUUUGUUGUAUUGCCAAAUGAGGAUAUGCACGACGAUAUACUUUAACAUGAAGAGGAAGGCGCUGCAGUCAGGGCGCACAGGCACGAAGGGGUUGUCCAACGCGAUGCUGAAGACUGUGAAGAUGACUUUUGUGAUCAUCAUGGCAUACACAAUGUGUUGGAGCCCGUUCUUUGUUGUGCAGUUGUGGUCUGCAUGGAGUCCCAGCAGUGCACCUACUAAAGGUCCGGUGUUUGCCAUCAUCAUGCUGCUGGCCAGCCUCAACAGCUGCACAAACCCUUGGAUAUAUCUCUACUACAGCUAAAACAAUAAAUAAAUGACAUAAAGUCACUUAAAUCCAUGCCAUAAUGAAAACACAUCAGGAAAAUGAAUUCCGUUAUGUAGCCUGUGUUUGCAUCUAUGUAGAUGAUAAAUAUCAAUUUAUAAGGUAUAUUCUUUCUGUUUUAGUGUCAUCACUGCCAACAAAUAAAAAAAAAAGUGCAUAAUGGCAAAGCAUUCUUGCAUAUGUUUGAGGGGAAUACUGUGCUACUGUGAAAGAAGUUGUGAUAUAUACAUAUAUAUGCUAAAAUAUGCCAGAAUAAGGGCCUCCUCAAAAGGCAUAACAAUGCUUGCACAUAAUCCUGCUUUUCAUACUGCAUGGUGACAAGCUGAAGGCUUUUUCAAAAUAAAAUCCCCAUUGAAAAGCGAUCAUGUCUGCAUUUGUAUUCCAGACACAGUUCAGAGAAACCUAACAUCUGGCAUGUAUCUGCUGCUAGUGGUUCAUUAUCCACUUAGUCACUUUGCAAAGGUUUCUUUUAUUAUCUGUGCACCUCGGAGUUCAUCACUGCACCUGUGGAGACAGAGGAAUUAACAUAUUCCUCUUCUCAUUUAAUCCUUGUUGUUCUGUUUAUUACUUCAGAGUCAUUGAUUCAUUUCCCUGGCUGCUGGAUUAUAGCAGUUUCAUUUCAUUACUAAUUUUGAGAAUCUAUUCUCCUAAUCCUUGCCAGUGCAGCGGGUCUCAUUGCCGGUCAUCGCUGGGAAAAUGCGUCAUCUUGUAGCUUGGGGAGGGGGGGGGACUGAAAUUGCACCUCACAAAUCCUUCCAUAUGUGUGAUCAAUCAUUUUGGGCUUAAUUCAAAAACCAAUUUAGCCACUCUCCCACACAAGCACAGGUGGUGUAGAAAACUAAUGUGUAUCAAAUUCGACAUUGUAGCAGAAACUCCAUCAUGAAGACGCACUCAAUUCUGUACCUAAUUAAAGCCUACAAUGCUUAAUGUAAUGAUAUGCUUAAUUACAAGCACAGCAGGUUUAUUUUCUCUUUUGUCGCAACCAUUCACAUGCUGGUUAAGAUGGAGACGCCAAUUUUCCCUGUUUACAGGUGGUUUGUUUGUAUUUUCAUCACAGAAUGCUCUAGUAUAAUUUCAAUCCACAGAUGUGUGGAUGGCUGCCCUGUAUUGAAUUAUACUCUAGAAGGCAGCUUGAAAUAAGAUUAGGUGUCUCACAUGGCCAAAAUA